AGACACUGUGAGUCCCUACAGGGGACUCUUGCGUCUGUGUUUGAUGAGAUGAUGGCAGGAGAGCUCCACCAGGAGCUGACUCAGGCGGGACAUGAACCUGGACCAGUCUGGGUUGGAGGCUACAGACCUCCUGGUCCUGGACUGAUGGUUUAGGCUUCAGUCAGUUUGCUGACUUCUGUGGAGGAGCCUCAGCUCCUCAGGACUGUCUGCAGAUCAGCUUCCACGAGCACCAGUCAGGAUGUCUGGGUGAGCUGCAGUGUGAGGUGAAGCUGCCGUCGGUCUGUGGAACAAUCCUCCUGUGACCCAAACAUGGAGUCUGUGCCUGAGGAGCCGACAGAAGCUCCAUCAUCUCUCACCUGAUCAGAUCAGCAAACUGUUCAUCAAAUCCUGUCAGAUCCUUUAUUCCUGGACUUUUUCCAAAUAAAACCUUCAUCUGUAGACAA